AUGCCACGACUCCCAGUCAUUCGUGAGGACGUGGACAUCUUGGAUUUCCGCUACCAAAAUCGCUUCAUGCUCCAUGCAGAGGCGAUUCACAACAAGACGGCGACCCUCCAAUGCCUCGGUGGAGCGGACAAAGAACUCCAACAAACCGUGCUCGUGGCUCGGCGCGCUUGGCCGCCGCCGCCGGUCCAGCCCUCGGUGACGCAUAUCUUGGCCACGCCGGUCAACGCACAAGGCUCGGGGCCCUACGCGUCGACGGCCUUCUUCGACACGUCCAACGGCUUCGUUGUUCCACCCAACAUUGGCCAAGCAUCCAGCGCCGCGCUGCAGGUGAAUGUGGAGGGCGUGACCAACGGACAGUUCUGGGCCUUUGUCGUCUAUCGGAAAGAGGAGAUCUACACCGGCGCCUAUACAUCGGUGUCUCUCUGCGAAGCUCCGCAAAGGGCAAUUGGAAAGCCCACCCUGCAGGACUUCAACGCUGAUCCCUUCUUGGUGCAGUGUGAGUUUGAGCCUGGUAUUGCAUACACGCUUCUGGGCACCCGUUUUGGUGAGAUUGCUCGCGUGCCCUUCAUCGGAGCCAUGCCCGACACCCCCACGACGCUGCCACUGCUGAGGGCGCGAGGUUUGGCCUUCGAAGAUACCAAUCCCUUGGCGGCCAAGGUCUAUGGCACUUUGACCAUCACAUCUGCUGCAUCUGAAGCGAAUGCCACCGGAGCAUAUGAGUACUCGGUGCUGGUCAAUACCCAGCUCCUACCAGGCGCCAACACCUUCUUGGUCUUCUGCAAGAAUUCCUAUGGCGAGGCCACGGUGAGCCGCCGCCUGGGCAUCCUGGACAUCUCGAUGAUUCUCCUCGAGGAUCCCUUGAUCGCGCUGCAGUACAUCAAUGGCAAUACCUAUUUGGAGGCAUGUUGCGUGCCACUGCGUGCCACUAUCAACAGCCAGAUGAGCGGCCCCGGUGCACGGGUGGAUGUCGCCGUGGUGCCUGAGGGUGGGGAAUCCAGAGCUCAGAUCUCCACGGACUACACCCAGUUGGAUUUCGGGCCACUGAUUCAGAGCCGCUUGGCGCUCGACCCUGGCGAGAUCUCGGGAUACGAGUUCGGCCCAGUGUGUACCGUGUGCAGCGAGCGAGACAUCCAAUACGAUCUCACUUCGGGUUCCAAGGUGAUUGGCCCGUGCGCCUUGCAACCGGCACAGGCCUACACCGUGGUGGUUUAUGUGGCGAUCCGCUACGAGUGUCCGUGUCAAGAUCCGUGCUACUGUACAGGUCAAAUGCGCUUCCAGAGCCAGGCUGGAAGUGGCUUGGAACUGUCGCCCACGAAUCGAAUCUUGCUACCAGACCACGCGGGCGCGAGCUGCAAUCUGGAUUCCAAGUUGCGACUCACUGGACACGUCCAGGACGUUUUGCAAGCGCAAACAGCCGGAGAACGAUGGAGAACAGCUUGGUUUUGGUGCGAUGUGGAAGGUAUCCCACAGGGCUUUGCUUGCGGUCAGAACACCAUCAACAUCUUGGAGGCUGAAUUCUAUGAGGUGUCGCCCUUGGAGCGCACCGGCCUCAAGGUGGUUCCCGCCAGCUACUUGGCCAAGGUGCCGGAGAUCGCGGGCGCCGACAAGGCGGCGGCCUUCGAUGGAAGCCAAGCCUCGAUGUAUCUCAUGGACACCUUAUUCGAUGCAUGGCUGGGAAUCGAUGUGGGCAUCGGCCAGCAGGCAGCGAUCUUGCGCUUCCGGGGCUUCUGGCAACCCGGUUGCGUGCCAAGCAAGUUGGUUCUGGAGUGGUCGGAUGACAUCAUCACCUGGACCGAGCGCAUCAUCACAGAACCAGACGUGACACAGUCCUUCACGGAUGUCUACGUCGCGGCCAAUUCGGGAAACUGGACCUUGGGUGCUUUCUACCAGGUUGCCUUCACCGCAGAAUCAGAGGGAGACCUGAUUAUCGACGGUGUGACCCCUGGUUCAGAUUAUAACAUCCAUUGCCUGUCCACGGACUCCGCCGGAAGUUCUGGACGCGAGCAGAACGCGCUGGCAGUCACCACCACUGACCUGGUGAGUCCAUUUCUGACCGUCUCCAAUGUGUCGGCCACGGACUAUACGGCCAAGGUGUACUUGGACUUGCGAGAUCCUGGAAAGGCAUAUCCUGCUCUCUCCACCUGUAUAGCUCGUGAGUUGACUGGGGUCUCACAGGCUUUACCGCCCAUGAGCGAGCUCUCCUCACAAGGGCAGAAGUGUCACUACCUGAUGGUCGAAGCGACGCACACAGGAGAUGGUCGUGUCGCCAUGCAGACAGUGUUUUCCUCUCGGCUUCUCGAUCGUGAGCUUCGCCUUCAACAGUCCCAAUGGGGUGGUCAUCGUCAAGACUAUCAGAGCUGCGGCUUCAAUCAUGAGCCAAUGGCUGGUCCCGGCGGUUGCAGUUCCAGAGGAUCCUUGCAGAAGGUGAGUUUUCUUUUGUCGGUGAAGGCCAUCAGGGACGUCUAUGUUUGGAUUGGCGAAAUCGGGGGCCUGGGCUAUGAGAUCUUGCUUGGCGGAUGGCAAAACACGCGAGUGACCUUGUCCCAUGGCUAUUCACGGGAUCCGAGCAACGAAGGGCAAGCGCCGCCCACGGUGAUGAGGGCCUAUUCCUCACCGGACGAAGCACAAAUCUUGGACCAGAACAGCUUCCUGACCUUCUGGGUCGACGCAGAUCCAAUGACUGGGCUGAUUCGUGUGGGCGCCAAUGAGAUUUUCGGACACAAUGUGCUCAUCGCGUACAAUGACUCGAAUCCGAUCAGCCCACUGACCUCCUUGAUGGUGGGCACGCUGCAGAGCGAAGGUGCUCCGCCGCAGAUUUACGUUUGCCCCAGGGUGGGAAACCUCCUGCAGGGUCGAUCCAUCCAGAGCUCUUCAGUCGCCUUUAACGGAUCUCCGGAGAAGGCUGUGGAUGGGCAAUGGGGCGACAACACCUUCUGCGAGUACUGCGCUCGGAACGAUCCCCUGCACGUUUGCGCCUCCACGCGGCGACAGGACAGCUUCAACCCGCCCUACUUCCGCAUCGCUUUGGGCAGCGACCGACUCUAUUUGAUCAGUGCGAUUCGCUUGGUGGUCCCAACCGAUGGCCGGCCGGAGCAGUCAGCAGAGUGGACCAUCUAUGUGGGUACCACGGGCUUCCGCUCCGAUUCGGUGUGCACGGUCAUCCCCAAUGCACGUGGUGAUCACAUUUGGCCUUGCACUCCAGCAAAUGGCAACUACGUCAGCGUUUGGGGCAACGUCAACCAGCUGAAGGUGCUUCCGGAAGAGUUUGGCAUCCGCAUUUGCGAGAUCGAAGCCUAUGCCACCUACCAGACCACACGGCUCGAGCACGUCAUCGACAAGUUCGCCUUGGCCAACGGCUUGCCCCAGCCUUUCCCGACGGAUGGACCGCCACAGAACAUCAACAUCUACGGACUUCAGCCCAACCGCAGUUACGAGGCCAUUCCGCGGUUGAGAUAUACCAGGAAACGAAUGAAACAACGAAUGAACAACGAGAGAUUGUUGUUUGAGCCUUGGUAG